AUGCCCUUUGCCAAUACAAUAAAACUAUCUGUGCUGCUGCUUCUCUCACAAGGCGCAUCCCCGGACCUGGUGGGUAGUAAAGGGGUGGCUGCAGUACACUUGGCUGCUGGCAAAGAGACUGAGAAGAACACACGCUGUUUGAAGAUGUUGCUGCAAUAUGGAGCGGACCCCAAUAUCAGGUCAUCAGAUGGCCUGACUCCUCUUCACAUUGCUGCACUUUGGGGAUGUUAUCAAAAUCUAAAGCUGCUCUUGAUGAAUGGAGGGAACCCGAACAUUAAACAUAAUGAAGGAAUACAACCGGGGCAGCUUGCACAGCAACAAGAGAAUCGAAAAUGUGCCCAGCUCCUUCAGGAGUACCAGUUUAGCUCAGUGGCCACAGAGGAAGACGAAAAUGCAUGCAUACAGGAGGAUUUGUGUACUGAUGAUGAUGUGUUCGGAUCACAAGCAAAUGAACAUGCUGCUAUAACUGAUUGCAGAAUCUUCCCCUCUAGAAGAGACACUCUCCCAGCAUUUCCCUGCAGGCGAGCAAGUCGCAAGAGUGUGAGCUUCAGAGAUGUUGAUGAAUAUUUCCCAGUGUUUAUUCCUGAAUCUCCCAAACAACAGCCUGGUGCUGAUGGCAGCCCGUGCACCAGCAACUCACCCUUUGACAUGUCUGAGUACUCUGACUUCCUGGAUUCCGAACGCAUGGCCACUGUUUUACAGAAGCAGGGCAUCGACGUCACAUCGCCAGAUCACGUUUAUGUUUUCUGCAGAGAGAGCAGUGAAAGCCCAGAAGAGGACAUGGAGAAAACGGUCAUCAGUCACUGUGUUCUGGCAGAGAGUGAUGAUGAACAGGACGAUGAAUAUGUAAAAGAGGCUCAGGUGAAUAUACCAGAACAGCCAGUCCUUUUCUAUGUUGGUAACAGCAGCAGUGGGUCCGGUAGUAGUUAUUAUAGUAGCUGUGAGAGCGACCAUUACACUAGUGCACUGGAUGCUUCUCUACACCCCAGACAUCUUUUACUCCCCGCUGUAAAGGGAGGUUCUCUUGCAGCAGAAUCCGACACAAAGAUUCAGAUUUCUACGGACUCUGAUUCUGAAUUUGCAAGGCAAGACUGGACUUCACCACCAGUUCAAACAGAAGCCCAGAUGGAUUCAAAACCUGAAACUAAAGAGCAUGUACAGGGUAUGUCUGACAAACCAGUGUUGUCUGAGACGCACCUAAACAAUGAUUUGUUUGAACCUUGCAGUAGUCCUGUUCUUGACACUUCAAGUGAACGUGGUGUUAAUCAGCCUUCGACAGACAACCUAUCGAAUGAUGUCGCUGAGGCAUUACUGGAAAACGUCAACCUUCCAUUCACACCAAGUCCUUUUGUAACAGGCAGGACUCGCUCGAGGUUGAGUCGCUGCUCACUGAGAACUAGCCGACCCGCCGAGAGCGACUUCAUCACGUCUUCUUUGUUUGAAGCGACCCUCCCCACAGCAGUCCGAACACGCCGCCAGACGCCCAGAUCUCAGAGCAGUGUAGACUUUUACAGUUCCCCACAUGCACCUUGUUAUCCACCAUCCUAUUCAGGGAAUGACACAGUAGGAGGAGACAUGUUUCCUGCUGAUCGCAAGGACACUCGCAAGUCCAGUACCCUCAGAGCUGGUUCAUGUGUUAGCAAUAGCCAAGCUGACACGCUCAUCCUCUCCGAGAGCGUCACUGAUUCUGCUUCUGAAUCCCAGACUUUGUCUGACACAGUCAUACUGGAGGAAAACCAGGACACUUCAAUGAAUGCUUAUGAAAGAAACCUUGCAGAGGUUAUACUGGCCAUGCAAGGCCACGAUCUUGCUAAUGCAAGGGAUUUUCUGACUGAUGACCUGACAAGUACAGAUGAGGCAACAACAAAGAAUCACGUAAAUGAUGCUCCUGGUAAUGACAAAUUAGAUCGCCUCAGAAAUGAUGUCUGGAACACUGACGACUCCAGUUCUCAGGUGGACUCUGUCUCAUCUUCAUCCAGCUCCACCUAUUUUUCCCCAAGGAGGUCCAGAGAAGAUUCCGACCUUCCUUGCACUCCAGGGACCGGAUGCACCCCCAGGUACAGCAUGAGCCGACUGUCCAGCUGCACUCAGGCCUCAGCACCUGGAACCAUCCUUUAUGGACUGGCGCUCCAUGCAGAUGGACAUGGUGAAGGAAGGAAAAGAAAACCAGACGCCCCAGAUGGUGCUAAAAGAGGAAGAAAGGAUGAAGACCUGCUGGUGCCAGAGACACAAGGGAUGACGGACAAGGAGCUGAGAUUGAGGCUACUCGAGCUGGGGGAGAGCCCGGGCCCAAUCAGCUGCCGUACCAGGCCGCACUUAUAUGCGAAGGCUGUGUCGCCUUAUUUAGGUUAUAGUCCAGAAUUGUGUCGGGCCCUGCGGACCUUCGAGCUGCCUGAUUGCCAGGUUGAUGAGCAAGCAUUGUGCCAGCAGUUUGACCAGCCAGACCAAAACAAGUGGAGGGAGGGCAUCAUCAAGUCCAGCUUCAACUACCUGCUGCUCGACCCGAGAGUGACGAAAAACCUCCCAUUUCGCUAUCACACCAUGACAGCACAGGAGUGUUUCCAGACUUUUAUCCACGCUAUAUUUUAUGUGGGUAAAGGAAAACGCUCUCGCCCCUACAGCCACCUGUAUGAGGCUUUAGAGUACUUCAAAGGAGACAAGACUUCAAAGAAUUUGUGCCCCAAAGUGCAGCAUAUCCUUCAGGUGUGGAAUGCCGGGCAGGGCGUCAUCUCUCUGCAUUGUUUCCAGAAUGUCAUUCCAGUGGAGGCUUACACAAGAGAGGCCUGCAUGGUGGAGGCCAUCGGACUGAAGAUGCUCACCAAUCGGAAGCGAGGGGAUUUCUAUGGCGUGGUGUCCAACUGGCAGGUGAAGAAGAAACGGGACCUAGGCGUCCACCUGCUCUACCGCGCCAUGCAAAUCUUUCUGGCGGAGGGUGAAAGACAGCUCAGACCAGCAGACAUCAGACAGAAGUGACUCCCACUGGAGGAAGCUACGAACAGCAGCACAAUGCCGGUGCACAAAGGAGGCCACACCACUAGCUCAGGGUACAAAGUCAUUCUUUUGAAUAAUGACAAUAGUCAUAAUCACAAUUCAGGUGGGGUUUACAAAAUCAAGCUCUCUGGAGCUGUUACCCACAAUGUAAUUGUCUUUCUGCUAUAAAUGUACACUGAUAUUUCAAUCCUACAGCAAUUUACCGCCAGUUAUGAUCAUCUCAUUUGUUGUUGUUGUUUAAAGUAAGUCCACUUCUGAAAAAGUGUUUCGUAUAAUAUCAACACUGCCUGAUUUCUUUGGAGAUAGAUUUCUUCAUUACAUUGGAUUUAAUCAUCUGCCCAGAUGUGACACUACUAAUGAUUCCUCAAAAAACUUAAAGGGUGGAAUCAUUUAUAAAUAAAAUAUAUGGGUUUAACAAACAUGAACACAAUCAAAGUUAGGAGACUGCAAGUCUUUCAGAAGUCACCACAAAUAAGCUAGUUCCCAAAAACAUUGUCCCCAGACAGACACUUGGUUCUCUGUGGUACUAAUUACAGCUUCAAAUGGUUCCACAACACAUUCAAAGGCAUUUCAGUAUAAUUAAUUAGCUUGUGUCACAUUGCACAAAAACAAUUUAAUUCAGAAAAAAGUGUAAAUGAUCUGGGUGUUAUUUACAAAAUAAGCUUGGUAGAUAUUCAUGUACUUUUUGUAGUGGUUCAAUGUAUAUGAUGUAAGUUUAGCAGAGGCUGGCACUAGUUCUUAGCAUUAUAGCUUUUAAUGGAUAAAUCAAUAAUGAAUAGUUUAGUUUUAAUAACUUCAUCCGUAAAAUGUGAUAUGUGCUUACAUGGCUGGUAUUCCAUGUCUUUUGUUGUGCUACUUAUUAUUGUUAUUGUUAAAAAUCAGCUGUGUGUGUGUGUGUGUGUGUGUGUGUGUGUGUG